GGUUCAAGACACGAACUAGUGCAUAACUCGAAAGGGAGCAGGAAUGGCAUGCCUUCAGGCUGACGAUUGCAGUAGGCAUAGAGUGUACGCCUGUGGGUCUGUAGUAGAAAAGGCUACACGUUCCACAACAUAGAUGGUCCCUCAGGCUUCUUAUCGAAAAAGCCCUGGUACUUAUCACGUUUGUAGACACGAGCACAAUUCGGAUCUAGGCUUUGCUCAAGCACGCUACGAAACAAAUCACUCCCUCCAGAAAAGCCUAGCAGAAGAGCAUGAAUGGCAGUAGAUGCAUCGAUGAGCGGGUGUUAGAGUCCACGAUUUCUGGCCUAAUCGAGCAUCGAGUUACCCGAAAUGUGAUCAUAGAACCUCAAGCUCUCCAACAACAACAACAGUCAUAUAAAACACGCAUAACCAAACGAAUUGUGUCAAAUACGUAAAUUGAUCUAGUUGAGGCAUUUUUUUUUUCCUUUUUUUUUACCGAUUCCAAUACUUAUUGAAUCGCGCUUUGCCCAGCCAAAAGAAUUUGUAAUACGGUACGUCGAGCUACAUGGCUCUCAUACCUUUCCUGGCCAUGGUCCCGAGAUGACACAAUGCCAUCCCUACCAAAUGUGCACGUGUCAUGCUCGUCAGCGAACAAAAUUAGUGCCUUUUCAAGAAUGCACUUCAGCAUCUGAGCAAGCGGUUCAAAAUGAGUGACUCCAAUUCAGGUUAUCGACCUGCACUUCGGAGGCCCUCGGAAAUUAGACAGUUUCGUUACAUUAUCAACAAACCGUAUUUUCGUUACAAUGGCUAUCAUUGGACACGGAAUCCUGAAGCUCGGCCAUCGAUUUUGGGGUCUGCUCAAGGGAUGUAAACAACAACUUUACAGAUGGGAUAGGAUAGUCUAGGAUUAUCAUCCAGACGCAGCAUGCCCAACUUUCAAUGCCGCCAGCGACCAUGCCGUUCAAGGGGGCCCACGAGGUUUGACUCCGGUUCCAAAUCUGCAAAAACCAACGUCGUCGGCAAUCGUCGCUACCUCGUUCCUGUCGGGGAUCUCGGAGUUCCAACACAAAUUGCAACCGCUGUUGCUGCGGAGCGACCUCCCUCGGAGAAAACAGCCGUCCCAGAUGAGGCUCUAAUCACCACGCAAGCAGCUCUCUCCCUGAACAUGCAGUCCAUGCGGGAGGUUACAUGGAUCGACGAAGCAACUGGCGGGGAGUCGACGACUGUGGUCCAUAUUAGAUCCGGGCGCACUCACUGGUGACUGCCCGGUCUUGUCACCGAGCACGCCAUCGGAUCAUCCGGAUCAUAUCCAAAGAUAAAGCUUCCGUCCUGCCCCAGUUCAUUCCGUGACAGGGCUUCCCCCUUGCGCCCGUCACGUCCCGGGAGGGCCCCGGGACGAGAAGGGAAGGGAAGGGAGUGACCACCGGCCCAAGGUCUGCUCUCGUGUCAUUAUCAGUCCUGCUGCCUCCUCCCUUCCGAUGAUGCCCCAGCAGCAACUCUGCACGGCCAUAACGCCAGUCUCGAGGUCCACUGCACGCAUCAACUGGCCCUCACGCUUUCCGCAAACCACUCCCCUCGGGUCACGUCCCGACUUCACAUCAGUUCUGAUUCGAGCCGAGCCGAGCUGAGCUGAGCUGAUCUCAGCAUCCCUUCUCGUUGGAAGCAGCUGCGCGCGCUUUUCGUUACGGUCCUGAUCAGGUCGUCCGGGGGAGACCACUGUGACAAGAGCUCACGGUUCUAGUUUCACAGUGAUUGUGACUGUGGAAGCAGUUGAACUGGCCCCAAAGCACCGUGACGCUGUCCUAGCACCGGUGAUCGUUAGAACCCCAAAUUGUUGGCUGUGUGCUGUUCGUCAGGGUUUGACCGUAACUUGAGGGAUUGCGUUGGAAUCUAAUGCUUGUCUCGUAGGCCACGGUGGUCGAUUCCGAGGUUGAUGUCGUACAACGCAUAUCCUCUUCAGGAUCCAACAUGAAUCGUCUUGCUGAUAAUUGUCUCAGUUGAAGACACCAUUCAUCCACCUACAAACCUUGUCUUUUCAGUUGAAGCCU